AUGGAUCAAGUACUCUACUCCUCUUACAUCAUAAAAAUCCCUGUAAUAUCACGAAUAUCACCAUCACAAGCUCAACUUACGACCAGGCUCAAUAACACGACUUAUUUUGGCUUGUCAUCGUCGAGAGGCAAUUUUGGGAAGGUGUUUGCAAAAGAGUCUCGUAAAGUGAAACUGAUUAGUCCGGAAGGUGAGGAGCAAGAGAUAGAAGGAAACGAAGAUUGUUGCAUACUUGAGUCUGCGGAGAACGCGGGACUUGAACUGCCAUACUCGUGUAGGUCAGGGACUUGUGGGACAUGUUGUGGAAAGUUGGUGUCAGGGAAAGUGGAUCAGUCACUAGGGUCCUUUCUUGAGGAAGAGCAGAUUCAAAAAGGUUACAUCCUCACGUGUAUCGCACUUCCACUAGAAGAUUGUGUUGUUUACACUCACAAACAAUCCGAUCUUAUAUGA